CUUGAGAAAGUAUACCAGGGUUAAAUGAGCCUGCCAGAUGAGCGACAUAUCAUUCUUCGACCUGAAGGAGCGGGAGCAGGAGCGGGACAAUAGUCUGCGCCGCAAGACAUCUAAACUGUCCAAAAUCAAGCAGCAUCUCCGCAAUAUUAAACGAGAAUGGGGUCCUCUGCUCGCUGCGAAGGAAAACUGGGACGACGAGUACAAUUUCCCCCCCGGACGAUACGCUGGACAAGGAAUAUAGCGACAUGAUCCUCGCAGUUCUCCCGAAUCACUACUUGGAAUCACUACACUAUAUCCUGUGGAACAAACGCGGGUCGUUUACGAAUUUUAUGAUGGUUCAUAUAGAGGCUUAUGGCGCGUCUUUGUCAAUUCCCAUCUCAUGUAACUUAAUCAAUAGGGAUCUAAUCUCA